AUGGACCACUACGCAGACUACUCGCAAGAUGCCCUGUUCGACUUCGGACCAGCACUAGCACCAACUCACGAUCCUCGAUCCCACUCAUAUCCACCGUACAGCCAGCCUAUCCAGAAUCCUCACAACGCUUGGUCGUCACUAAGUCUCCAGGCAAUGGAUCAAGAAACCAUGGCGCAACAACAUCAGCAGCAGCAGCAACAACAACAACAACAACAGCAGCAGCAGCAGCAGCAGCAGCAGCAGCAGAUGCACAAUCAAAUGCACCAGCAGCAGCAAGACUACAAGCCAUACAUGGCUGGACCCUCGAACCAUCACCAGCAGCAGCAGCCCAUCCCGCAACAACACCAUCAAAUACAGCAGCAGCAGCAACCUUUGGACCGGCCGAGUAGUAACCACAGCGAUGGCUCGAUCAACCUGCAGACGACUGGCCUCGACCUCGACUAUUCUAGCAUGUUUCCAACCAACUGGCAGUAUCAAAUCCAGCAGGCGGUUCACCAACAGCAGCCGCAAUUCAGUAUGCAGGAGGGGAAUGGGAUGGACAUGCAUGCGUACAACGCUGCCUCGUUUGGUGCGCAGCUACAGAACUCGCCGAUCGAAUUCAUGCCUGCGACGAACAACAAUAACUACACCGUGUCGGCUGCGAUGGAUGGGACCAAUUUUAUGACCAUGGCAGGGCCUAUGGAUUCGAUGAAUGUCAUGUUCAACCCUCUCAGCGACUAUCAGACCGAGAUGGCGGCAUUCCCAAUGGACAUGAACACUGCUCUCCACCGUCACUCGGUAUCUGUGCAAUCCAGUAUGCCUGCAGGCUCGCCCACUGGCUCGAUCGUCGAAGUUCAAUCAUCAUCCGACAACGAAGGUUGGUCGAUGGUCAGCUUCAACCCCCAUCGCGCUUCAUACGCUUCUGUCGAUACUGUAUCAAACCCAAGUCAGAAUCUCCACAUCCGCACCAGCUCUGAAACGUCCUCAGAUGGUCCGCACUCCGCCGGUUUGUCUGGCAGCUACGAAGAGAUCUCUUGGCCGAUGACUUCGCCACACGACUUGCACGGACAGGACUACCUUGACGCGCAGUAUCUUCAACAUGCAAGUUCAUUCGCCACGCACAGCCACCAGCACGACCACUCACAUGAUCACCACCACGAUCAUCACGGUCAUCACCACGACAAUCGGCACAUCUCCCCGGCCUCCUCUGCCGUCAGUCCAUCUACUGGGAUCGUAUCGUACAGGUCAUCCGGUUCCUCGAAUCCAUCACCGUCAUCAUCUGGUCCACAGUCGCCUCCCCUGCGUCGUCGCAAGUCGCCACUCGAGGGCAAGACGACCAAAGCUGUCAUCAAGAAGACAUCUGUCGGCACCCGCAAAGACGCGACUUCAGAGAAGAAGGUUGGUCGCAGACGGGGUCCGCUGAGACCUGACCAGCGCCAGCAAGCACACGAGAUUCGCAAACUUCGUGCGUGCCUGCGAUGCAAGUUCCUGAAGAAGACUUGCGACAAAGGCGAGCCAUGUGGCGGUUGCAGACCUAGUCAUGCACGACUGUGGCAGGUUCCUUGUACUCGCAUGGACAUCAAGGACAUCGGCUACUUCAUGAAAGACUGGAAGGCUGACUUUGAGCGUCACGUGAGUCUUGGAUUCAGUGUGGGCAACAUCAAGGGAUUCAGCACUCGCGAGCGCACCCUAUACGUCACCCACGGCUAUGGUCAUUAUCUUCCCAUCAACGCCCGCGAGGUCUUUGUGAGAGAUGACAAGUGCUUUGGUAUGGACUGGAUGGAGACAAAAAACAGUGUAAAUCCUGAGGAGUUCGAAAUCAGCACAGCCAAGCUCUCGGCUGGUAUGGAAGGUGUCAGCACUGCGCUCCUUUCCGAGUAUCUUGAUCGCCACCUCGACUCCGGCUUCGAGCUCUUCGUGGAUGAGUACUUUGAGGGCACGAAGUUCCUCACCGAGAUUCUUAAGACUGCAUAUCGCUACUAUCAAAAGGAGAAGACUCCGUCCAUCCGCAAAGCRCUCAAGCUGGUCCUCGCGUAUAACCUCACACUGCACGUCACCAUGGUGGAAGGCUUGACCGAGGAAGAGCAAUAUCAAGGUCGCAUCGUCGACGACAAGUCGAAGUUCAGUGGCAAGACCGUGGCGCCAGUCAUGAUCAACUUCCAGGUCAAGUGUGCCUUGGCGGACAUCUGGCGUGAUCUUCAAAAGGACAUUUUGGAGGAACUUUCGGCACUGUACUCCUCUGUCUAUUCCGGCGAGAAGCUCAAGAACUGGCCCACCAUCUUCAUGCUGGCCGCGAUCCUCUUGGCGAUCUGGGAAGAGAUGCAGUUCGACUGCCACUACCGGGUCCCUGACGAACGGGCCGUCAACAAGUUCUGCGAUGACAUGGAGACUACGCCUGUUGGUGUCAUUGUUGGUCUGUUCCAGGCCAUCUCCACUAAGCUUCCUGCGCUGCAAGAGUGGGAUACCAAGAAGCACCACCACCUACUCGGUUCAAACGCUGCUGUAUGUGACGCCUUGACCGAAGUCAAGGGUCACAUUAACAAACAUGAGAAAUAUCUCAAGGAGCAGCAAAACGCAAAGUUCGACCGCGAAGAUUUUGACUGCCUCAGCAACAAGUUUCUGAGCAAGCUCGUCAUUCGCGCGAACUAA